CAACCACGAGACCUCCGCGAGUCAACAUGAAAGCGUUCUUGGUAUUAGCAGCCGUUGCGGCGAUCGGCUCGGCAAGACCCGAGGCGGGAUACUCCUACAACGCGCCAGGAGGUGGUGGUCUCGGUGGCCAUGGAGGUGGCAACGGUGGCUUUGGCGGCGGUAUUGGCGGUGGUCACGGUGGUGGCUUCUCCUCCGGCGGUCUGAGCUCCAGCAGCUUCGGUAUCGGAGGCGGACUUGGCGGUGGAAUAGGCGGUGGAUUCGGAGCUGGUGGUGGGUUCGGAUCCGGUGGUGGAUUCGGGUCCGGUGGUGGGUUCGGAUCCGGUGGUGGAUUCGGAUCCGGUGGUGGAUUCGGAGGCGGCUUCGGUGGAGCUCCUAUUGUCCAGAAGCACAUCUACGUCCACGUCCCACCCCCAGAACCCGAAGAACAGCGCCCACAAGUGAUCAGCGGUGGAGCCGUGCCUCAGAAGCACUACAAGAUCAUUUUCAUUAAGGCCCCAGCACCUCCCGCACCAGUCGCACCCAUCAUCCCCGCUCAAGCCCAAAACGAAGAGAAGACCCUCGUAUACGUCCUGGUCAAGAAACCCGACGAACAACCCGACAUCACCAUCCCCACCGCCGCCCCCACUCAACCCUCCAAACCCGAAGUAUACUUCAUCAAGUACAAGACCCAGAAGGAGGGUGGUUCUAUCGGCGGUGGUUCAAUCGGCGGUGGUCUCGGCUCUGGCAUCGGUGGCGGUAUCGGCGGCGGUAUCGGCGGCGGUAUCUCUGGUGGUAGCAUCUCUGGUGGUAGCAUCAGCGGCGGAAGCAUCGGCGGUGGUCUUAUCUCCGGAGGCGGUCACGGCUCCUCGGGCUCUGUCAGCUCCUCAUACGGCCCCCCCGGUCACUCCGGCGGCCCAUACUAAACAGCACCGGAUGCUAACUUGUGAUAUCUGCUCAGCCGGCGACAAACUUAGUUAUAAGUAGAGAAAAAAAUUACGGUGCCUAAAUGUAUUUAUGUAAAUAGUAAUUUUAAUGUAUAAUUAUAGUUGUAUUAUAAAAAUCUUUUUGCAUAAAAAAUCGAUAAACCAACGAA